AUGGAUCGUUUAGGGAUGCUGCCAUUAGUUAAUAUAAAACCACUAAUUCCUAAACUGGGUCCAGUCAUCAACGACGUUUCCUCUUUCAAAUACCCCAUCACUGUUUCUGGGUGUAAAGUGAACCCAAAUAGUCGUAGCGUAUUCAUAACUGUCAUUUCGGCAACUGAGAAUUUUCUAAAGAGAGAAAUAAUCCGCAAAACAUGGAAAAAUCACGUUCCUGUUGUGGUUAAGAAAGGUUUGCUGAGCAUGGCCCGCUUUGUCUUUGUUUUGGGAAAAACAAACGACAGUCUGCUGCAAAGCAAAAUUCGAGGUGAAAGCAUGGUUCAUGGAGAUAUCCUUCAAAUAGAGAUUUUGGACUUUUACAGAAGCUUAUCUUUUAAAAUGGCAGGAUUACUGAACUGCAUGAACACUAAUUGCCCUAAAAUUGGCUUCUUGUUAAAAGAAGUUGAUGAUGAUAUCUAUGUCAAUAUUUACAAUCUUGCAAAGAUUGUCGAAUCCUACCACAAAUCGGGCAAUUUCUCUAUUUUCGGACGCAGUCCUAAUUCGGGAUUUCCUUCUCACCAUUACAACAACUUUGGACCAGUAAGAGGUGCGGACUAA